AUGUAUACUGAUUCCGAGGAGAUGUAUGCCAACUGUUGAAAUAUCAGUCUCUCCUUCUCACCUCCGCUUCGUAAAUCAAUUCACAGUAACGUUGUCAUUUGGGAGGCGAGAUUCAGUAACAGUAAGUACGUUCCAUUGAAUACUAAAUGAUAGUGCUCUACAACUCAAUCAUUUCACUUCUCCGUCUGUCCUUCCAACAUCCAAUCCCGAAACACGUCUCCAGUUGUGCAAACGCGCAAGACAUCUCAAACAUAGAAUCAUAGCUUUCCCUGUUCAAAUCAGACUUGCGGAAGAAGAAAGGUUACUUUUGGGAGACACUACCAAGAAACACUGGGCUGACCAACAACAGUCAAGAUAACUGGAUUAAAAACAUGAACAAUGCCAUUUCUCUAGGAAUCGCUCUCAGAACGCCUGGCGGUAAAGGGUCUUUUAUAGACUUCCUGUUGAGCAACGACAUCUCUUUUAGACUCGCUCUCAGAGCGUCGGGCGGUGAAUGGUCUCUUAUAGACCUCAUGGCGAGCCACGACAUCUCCCGCAGAGCGACUGGCCAAGAUUUGUGA